AUGUCAACUUCUGUUAACCCUCCUGAUAAAUAUCGCGUUGCUGUGGUUGGUGCUGGCAUUACUGGCGCUGUUGCUGCUUCCGAAUUGGCUAAACUUGCCAGCCAAUCGUCAGCCAUUCAUUGUGACGACAGAGGUAUUGCUAAGAACGAAGCUUUUGCGAGUGGCAACACCACAAGCAAUAGUGGCCGACCCCAAGAUACAACCGAAAAUCUACAAGUAGUUGUAUUCGAUCAAGGUCGUCGUGGUCCUGGUGGACGAGCAUCGCAUCGUUCCGUCUCGACUUCUACUGGACAAGUCCUCGCGGAUGAUUUGAAAAACAUUCAAGAAUACACGCGCAAAAACAACGAAGACGGCAAUAACGACAUGAAAACCUACCAAUUCGAUCACGGUUGCCAAUUCUUUCGAGCGGAUAGUUCAUUGAUGCAAAAGGAUCUUUUGGAAACCUGGCUGGAAAAGGGAUGGGCGGAACCGUGGAAUGCUCGAUUUGGAUGUUUGACAAUGGCCUCUGAUGACAAAACAAACACUGAGAAUGGUGAUUCGGAUUUCUUUGGAGUCCCGACAGCAUUAUCCAACGGCGAAUCAUCGAAUGCUUCUAUAGAUGAAAAUGUUUAUAUUGGAGUUGGUGGAAUGCAUCUACUACCACGACGGAUCUUGGACGAAUCAUCAUCUGACACAACACAGCAACACGUUGACAGCAGUUCCAACAACAGGCCGCAUCAUCCGCUUGUCGUUCAUAGAGGCAAUCGGGUCCAGGGAGUUUCUCGCAACAGUGAGACUGGUAAAUGGGAUUUGGAGACGAUUGGUGGCACUGCAGCCUAUCACGACACCAAGGCGCCUAGUACCACUACUACUCAUUCCAAGUCACAAACAAUAAGCAACAACGAACCGACGAUUCAUGGGAGUUUUGAUGCUGUGUUAUUCACGGACAUUAGUUCGUCCUUUGAUGCUUGGCAUCGGGCAAGCGCUGGAAUACCCGAUUCUUUUCGAGCCAGGCUUCCAACAAAGAUUCGAAUCCCACUCUUUUCGUGCAUGAUUGCGCUGAGUGCGCCCGUUCGACAAUUGCUGCCCUACGAUGCCUUUACUAUUGCAACUAACCAGAAUGACAAGUUAUGGUUUGCUUCCGUUUCCCAAUCCAAACCGGGAAUGUAUGAAAACGAGAAAUCCAAUGGCAAUGAUAUCAGUCCAGAGUGCUGGACUUUGAUUUCUACACCGUCUUUUGCGGUUCAAGAAAUCCAGUCAACCACAAUGCGAGAUGAGAAAACUGGCGAGUUCAAGCCACAAGAGAAUUCGUAUUUGAAUACUAUUCCAGGUCCAGCACUAGCCCAAAUCUUUUUGGAUAACAUUCGACCAUUUGUGGAAAAAUCAGCAGCAACAAUCGAAAUGCCCAAGAUUGUCUAUUUGCAAGCCCAAAGAUGGGGAUCUGGCUUGCCCGCACCCGAAUCAAUAGUCAAGUCGACUGUGGACAUUUGUGGGACCACUUACGUUUCCGAACUGAAGACGCUAUCCAUGGUGUUUCCACGGCCACCCCCUUCUUCUUGUGGUGAAAUCGAUUUUGUGGCCGAUGAUGCAUUGGGUCUCUACUAUGCGGGCGACUUUUGUUCGCAUCGCAACCCUGGGUUGGAAGCUGCUUCCUUGUCCGGUUUGGAAGUGGCACGCCACAUCUGGAUGCAGGUUCCACAGGCGUUUCGCGCUUCGACAACAGCGGGUGAAACAUUAACAUAG